AACCUACGCUUUUAAAUCUCUACUGAUUGCUUUUAGGCGGCAUUACAAAUAAAAAAUUUACACAAUUUACACACAACUUUCAUUAUUCGCAAGAACUUAUUCACAUGUACUAUGUUAUGUACAUAGUACGUAUGUAUAUCUAUGCACGUAAUUUUCCUCUUCCCAUACGUAGUUUUACGUCUGCCAACAUGUUCCGCUUACUCCUGUUAAUCGCCUGUUUGGCCGUGCCAGCCUACAGCAACUCAGCCGGUGCUCCGAAAGCCAUCUGCACAAAUGGUUUAACACCUGAACAUGGCCUCGAUGGGCAAAGCUCCGCCGUCCCUUACAGAUUCUCUGGCGACAGCAAGGCCAACAAUGGUAAAGUUUCUCUAGCCUUAGGUGGUUCGCAGGGUUUCUUGGGUUUCGCCAUACAGGCGCGUGAUGCCAACGAUAAGCCAGUGGGUACAUUUAAGGUGGUCGACAGCAGUACGUCACAAACACUUAGUUGCAGCAAUCCCGAUGACACACUUACGCACAAGAAGAUCCCGCACGAUAAUCCCAUCAAGAGUGUGGCUUUCGCCUGGGAACCAGCCGGUUACAAGGGCAAAGUGAAAUUUGUUGCCACCGUUGCCAAAGAUGGCGGUACCUACUGGAUUCGUAAGGUGCUGAAAGAGGUCGAGGUUUAAGUUGGAGUGUUGAGUAUUACAGGAAUGUUUGAAUAUAAACUUUGCAAAAUUAAGUGAAAUUGGUUAUGAAUCUAAAUUCUAGAAUGGUUUUUAAAAACCUUAAACUGUUAAAUAAAACUGAAGAGUAUUUUUGUGUGAUA